AGACGUUAAACCUAGAGCACAACUACAUCAGCAAGCUAUUUAACAACAGUUUCACCGAGUACCCGAACAUCAAGAAUCUGAUGUUGUCGUUCAACAAGGUACACACCAUCGAGCCCGGGGCGUUAGGGUCGCUUGCCGAGCUGGAAACGCUGGACCUGUCACAAAACGCCAUCAAGGAAGUGCCAGCCGGACUGCCCAAAUCGCUGAUUCAGCUAAAGCUGAACGGAAACCCGGUGUUGGACAUGUGGCAGCUGGAGACGGCCGUCGGACUGCGAGUGUUGCAGCUCAGGGGCUGUGACCUGAAAGCUUACCCGGCACUGGGCAUCAUGCCCAACCUGGUCAAUCUGGACGUGUCCGAAAACGCAGAGAUCUACGAUCUGGACCCGGCCCAGCUGGCCGUCACGUGCCGCCUGGCCCGGCUCAACGUGACGGGCGCUACCAAUCUGUUCCGACCCGGGACGCCGGGCGCUCACUGCAGAUGCCGGCGCGUCGUCCAGUGGGCCCACACGUACAAGGUGACCGUUUUCGGUUUGGGCCAAUGCCCGGACCCGCUGGCCGGAGACGGUGAGACCGACAUCCAUGACGACCCAAAGGACGAGGCCUGCGCCCGGACCCCGGAACAGGCCCUGGCCGCGUUCAAGGAGUGCAUGGCCGAGUGGGAACACCGCAACACGCCCUACUGGGCCAUCGUCUCUGGUAUCGUCAUCGUCGUGGCCAGGGUUGGGCAAAUGAUUGUAUAAAAGUUUUAUAUGUGUCAACGUAUUAUACGUAACGUAUUAUACGUUUUAUACGG